AUGGCUCCACUCCUGGCUGCUCUCCUGGCCUUGCUCUGCCCUGCCCUGGCCUUCGACAUGGGCCAGUCCACCCGCUGCGUGGCCAUCCCAAACCAGAUGAGGGUGUGCCAGGACGUGGGCUACUCGGAGAUGCGUCUGCCUAAUUUCUUGGGGCACAGUAAUUUGGAGAGCGAGGUGGUCCCGCGCUCUGAAGACUGGAGGCCUCUGCUGCAGACCGGCUGCCACCCCCAAGCUCAGGCCUUUCUCUGCUCGCUCAUCGCUCCCGUCUGUCUGGAUACCUUCAUCCAGCCGUGCCGCAGCCUGUGUGUGUCUGUGAGGACCAGCUGUGCCCCGGUCCUCUCCUGUCAGGGACACUCGUGGCCCGAGGCUCUGGACUGCGACAGGUUCCCCGACGAGGACGACAUGUGCCUCUCCCCACACCCCAAGUUCACGCUCUAUGGCAAAGAUUUGCCCAAACCUGCGUGCCAGAACUGCCCGUCUGUAGAGCAUUCUCCGGCCAUGAAGACUGUGCUGGACUCCUUCUGUCACAAUGAUUUUGCCGUCACCGCCAAAAUCCGCCGCCGCCGGGUCCCGUCAGCGGAGCCAGAGUUUGACAUCGAGGGCCGGGUAGAGUUCAUCCACCAGGGGCCGCUGCUUCCAUACGACACGCAGCACUUGCUUCAGCAGUGGCUCCUCAUUAACCUGAAGUGCUCGUACAGCCUGGUGCGUCCGGGUCGCUCCCAGCUCUACGUCCUCACGGGGGAAGUCCAGUCCGACGGCAAACUGGGAAUGACCCACAUCUUCCCCUGGCACAAGAGAGACCUGAACAUCGCCGUGGCAACGCGCAAGUGGAAGCAUCACCGCUGUUGA